AUGUCAAAACUUCAAGUUGAUCAACUUGAUCAAUUGAGGGAAAUAUUUGCAAGAUUUGACAUGGAUUCAGAUGGCAGCCUAACCAUCUUGGAACUCGCGGCGCUCCUUCGAUCGUUGGGGCUCAAACCCUCGGGUGAUCAAAUCCAUGUGUUGUUAGCCAACAUGGAUUCAAAUGGAAAUGGCUUUGUGGAGUUUGAUGAGUUUUUGGAUGCUAUAUUGCAUUACAUGAGUUCAGAGAUAUUGUUGAACCAAGAGAUGCUCCUUGGGAUCUUCAAGUGCUUUGAUCGUGAUGGAAAUGGUUAUAUAUCAGCCGCAGAAUUAGCAGGGGCAAUGGCCAAAAUGGGUCAACCCCUUACAUAUAGAGAGCUCACAGAGAUGAUCACAGAGGCUGACACAGAUGGUGAUGGUGUGAUUAGCUUCAAUGAGUUUGCCACUGUGAUGGGUAGAUCAGCCUCUGACUUCUUAGGCUUUGCAUUGCUGAAUGAUGAAAAAUCACCUAACAAUACCAUUGUAAAUCCAAUAGAGCAAAGCCAAGUUGUCUGUACAAGGAGUGAAGUGGAAGUUUCAAGUCAUAAAGCUGCUGAGAAAGAUGAGGCAUUAGAUAAAUCUGAAGAAAAAAAGAUUCAAGAUAAGCAACAAGAGGAUUGCAAGGAAGAGCAGUUAACGAUUUUAAAGAAAGAAGAACCAAAGGACAUCAGCAAGACACAACAAAAAAAAAACAAAAACCGUUUGUUUGAAGAUGAACCUGAGCCAAUAGAUGAAGCUAAACACAAGAAGUUUCGAUUUCUUCAAAGAGUGCAGAAUUUCAAGCAGGAAAAACAGAAGGAUGAUUCUGUUACAAGAGAAAUACUUGCUGCAGUAACAUAUAAAGACAAUGAAAAGGAGGGAAAGAAAAUUAAUAAGUAUAUCAAGUUGCUAGAACUUCCUCCACUAUUAUUUCAACCAUGUUCUGAAUUAAACGAAAAGCUGCAAGUUGAUAAGAAAAAGGGGAAAUGUGUAAUGAAACUAGUCUUUUGCUGGAACUUCCACUCUGAGGCUAAAAAUGAGGUUAAGCACAAGCUUAAAGGGUCUGCAAGGAUUGUUAUAAUUGCUGGAACAUCCAUUUUCCUCAGCAUAACCACAUAG